UCCUCCUCCUGUCGUCCGGGUCAACGACAAACCUCACAAGUUCAAGGACCACUACUGCAAAAAACCCAAGUUCUGUGAUGUCUGUGCUCGCAUGAUAGUCUUGAACAACAAGUUUGCUUUGAGGUGUAAAAACUGCAAGACCAACAUCCACCAUUCAUGUCAGUCAUACGUCGAGUUCCAGAGGUGCUUCGGCAAAAUUCCACCGGGCUUCAGACGGGCCUACAGCUCCCCGCUCUAUAGCAGUGACCAACCAGAUCCAAACAACCCGAACCGGAACGACCCCGUCUUCGACACGCUGCGGGUCGGUGUCAUCAUGGCAAAUAAGGAGCGCAAAAAGAAUGAAAAUGACAAGAAAAAUAUGAUGAUGAUGAUGGAGGAAGAAGAGGAGGAGAACCAACAGCCCAAAGAAAAUGAGGAGGGAGGAGAAGGGAAGCCUGAUGAGAAGAAGGAGAAAGGAGGAGACAAAGCAGAUGACAAGGCUAAGACGUUCUCCCAGACCCACUAUUACCUGGCUCUGUAUCGUUUCAAGGCCAUAGAGAAAGACGACCUCGACUUUCACCCUGGUGAUCGAAUCACAGUGCUGGAUGACUCCAAUGAAGAGUGGUGGAGGGGAAAAAUGGGUGAAAAGUCGGGCUACUUUCCCACCAACUACCUCAUAAAAGUGCGAGCAUCAGAAAGAGUUUUCAAGGUGACGCGCUCCUUUGUCGGGAACAGAGAGAUGGGACAGAUCACACUGAAGAAAGAUCAGAUCGUGGUGAAGAAAGGAGACGAGAAAGGCGGCUACUUAAAGGUCAGCACUGGACGCAAGCUGGGCUACUUCCCUGCUGAUCUGCUGGAGGAGAUCACUGUGACAUAAAAAAAACACAACAUGCAACGAAUGACCUUCGACACAGUGAACAUCAGCACGAAUCGGAGACGUCGCCGUUCAGGAGAAUCUUCUGAUCUUUUCAUUUGUUACCUACAAAAA